CGUGGUCGACAGGGGCCGGAGAUAGUCGGCGACGGCCGAACAGCCGCGAAUCAGGGCUCGUGCGCGGUUUGCCUAGCUGCAGGCGCGCAGUGCAGCCGCCGGUACUCCGCCAGGACAGUCGCGGCUCGGCGAUGUUUCAGCCGAAGCUGAGCUGAGCACACGAGGGACGCUCGUGUCGCCGGCGCAGGCGGUUUUUCUUCGUAACUUUCUCUGUCGCCCUCGGUUACCCCCGGUUCUCUCUCUCUCUCUCUCUCUCUCUUUCUCUCUCCCUCUCUCUCUCUCUCGGUCGUGAAUCUGUGGUUAGCUUGUCAGCGGGACCAGCACGCGACCACCGCUCCAACAGCUCCGCCAGCCAGCCAGCCAGCGACUACGUGAUCGAAAAUGCCGGCCGUACCAGCAGUGGCGGAGGCGGCAGGGCAGCUGGAGGACCUGGAGGAGCCUCCGGAGCCCCGGGUCCGCGGUGCCAGCGGUAGAGCGGGCCUGAUGAGGCCCCUGGUCGUCCUGGCGCUUCCCGGCAUGUACCUCUUCUACAAGUACAGCCAGUACAGGCGGGAGCAACGGGAGCUGUCCCGCAGAAGGGUCACAGAGAGGGAGCUCCAGCAUCUUCGUCACAAGAUCGAUAAAUUGCUGACGAAGCUGGAGGAGAACGAGCCUGAGCUGGCAUCCUCGCAGGAGGACGAGUGCGUGAUAUGUGUGAACGCCAGGGCCACGAUGCAGACGGCUCCCUGCGGCCACCGUGUGGUUUGCAAACGCUGUUUCGUCAAGACGGUACAAAUGGCAGUCUCGCAGAGGCUGUUGCCAUUGCGCUGCGUCAUUUGCAGAGCGAAGAUCCUGCGUCUCAAGCAGACCCUAAUCCCGCGGGACUAUUCGAUGUCAGGAAAGUCCUGGGUCCUGCCACAGAGCUCGUCGGAGUACAAUAUGAGCACGGGAGGGGCCGGAGGGGUGACCGGACCUGGUGGCAGAUGGGUGGCCGGCAGCGUGCCCGCCUCCGCGUCCCUCUACUCGAUGGCCAGCGGCUCAUCCUCUAUUUCUGGAGUGUCUUCCGUAUCAUCAUCGAGCUCGUCUUCGGCGUGUAGCACAGGAAGCUCGAACCUGGGCAAACCGACCAGGGUGAGGCAACCUUCCGGCGAGAUCCUGAGACGCUCGCAGACGCAGUCGAUGAAGAUGAGGAUUCAGGAGUACCAGGAUCCUGUUCCUCAAGUUAACGAGGAGGAAGAGGCCAUGAGGGAGAACCGGGAACGUAGAUUGCCGCCGAUCAAGGAAUUCCAGAGGGACUUUCGCGCGGGAAAGGCCUCCACUAGGAUACGAUGCGCGCAGAAGAUCGUGACUCAGCUGGAGACAUCGCCGAGUCCCAGGGUGUUGACGAGCGUUGUCGGCGUGACGCCGACGUCCUCGACGACCACGAGAUCGAUGACGAAGAGGCCGCCGACGGCGCCGAAAUCCUCGAUCGUGGUGCAGGAGGUGCAGAGGUCGAAGAAGGAGAAGGAGCGGGAGAAGGAGCGGGAGAAAGCGGAGAAAGCACGGCAGAAGGAGGAGGAGAAGGCGGAGAAGAGCAGGCAGAAGGAGGCGAAGAAGCUGGCGAAGGAGGAGAAGAAGAGGGCCAAGAAGGAGGCGAAGGCGAGGCGGAAGGAGGCGGAGGAGGCCCUGAUCAGGGAGGAAAAGUAGUCUUCUGUCGAUUAGAAAGAGGCGUGCAACCUUAUUAUAGAUGCGUUUCGUUGCGCGGCGAGAGAUCAGGUGUUCGAAAAGCCUGGACGACGAAGCUCUCGACGAAGGAUUUUCUCGACGCUCGCGAGAAGGACACCCGAGAUCUUUCGGGACACCCGUUCAAGGCGCCGCGAACGAUCCUCGAAUCGAAACCGCGUCUUUUGUAAGUCACCGUAGCGUUUUCUUCCCGUGGCAAACAUCGUUUCUUCGUAGCCUUCGAGACCCGCUGACGUCCCCCUCGACGUCGGGUCGAGGCCUCGUCUCCUCGACGAGACUCGAUUGGUCGAGGUGGACGAGUUUAUUCGACGAGCCCGUACCGUCUAUUCGAGUCGACGAACUUCGAUCGAACGGGUAUUCUAGCCUGGGGCGGCGUUCUUUAGAUUUUCACAUUUUUUCAUAGACGAACCACGCAAGUUUUUGCUAUCGUACUUCGACGGACGUUUUUGUAGCAGUUUCGAGGAGGCGCGCGAAUUUCUUAAAGAGAUCGAACGUCGAAAUUUAUAGCUGGCUGUGAGCGAUCGGAGAGAUCGCGAGAAGACGAGGGUGGAAAUUGGGGUUACUCGGACUUUGGGAUUUUUUACCGUGAAACCGGCGAACGCUUUCGUUGUUGGAUUUUUUUGGACGGGUGUCGGGAAUGUACAGGAAUUGUUCGAUCCGCGGGAGAAUGAACAUCGAGCGAGAAUCCUGUUUCAGACUUUCCGCUGUAGAACGAGAAACGAUGUUGGCAUAAUUGUCGCAGUGGAAAGUAUAGUAACAGGUGUGCACCGAAAGUGCUGGUGAAAAAUAUCGUGGCAGCCGAUCGUUCGAACGAGGGGACAAGGGGUUGAUUUUGCUAGCUUCUGGAGCUGGAAUAUCGACUUUCGAGUUCGAGAAUCGACGGUGCCUGUUCGCGGCGCAUCUUGAACAUUCUCUGAUCCCGGGAGGGCAGGGGUAUAGCGAGCGUUCUAGCGUCGGUAGAAGAAGUAUACCUAAGAAAACCUAGAAGCGGCCAAACUUAGCAACCCGUCAUAUCGAGUUAUCGUGGACUAAUAAUUACUAAUCGAUAGGAAGACUCGAGAGCGUAGCGCUGCGUUGCUAUUAUUUGAUUAAUCGCGUAAUCUCUACCACGAAGAGAAAAGAAACCAACCAACGUGAAACCAUCGUCCCGAGCAUCCACCGAACACCAUAUAGGACCCCGUGAAAACGAGAAAGACGAUAAAUUUCAUUGGUCCCUUCUCAUUGGUCCCGGAACGUUUCCGUUUUAGGGAGAGUUGACCGAACGCGGGACAUCGUCGUUACUUUUUUACUAGCUCGUACGUCGUCCCCCCCUUCCCCUCCACCCAUUGUGCGCCGGUUCGUCGGUGUGUCUGUCGUUUCAACGGUGAAGGAACGACGGCGAUCCUUGAGUCCUAUUUUUCAAGCUCUGCUUCACAGACAAUAUUCCGAGGACGUAGCUUGUCCCGCGCGAGCCGAGCUCUCGGCCGCUAUGGAUCCUCGCUUAGAUCGCGAUCGACGAUCGUCUGUUCCUCCAGUCGACUCGAACUAGCCACAUCCAUCAUCGAUCCUACCUAACAUCCUCCCUCAUCGAUCGUCGGACGAUCGGGCGGAAACGAACGGAGUUCAACUUUUAAUUGCUUACCCGACGACUCCGAGUCGGUCCAAGAAAUCUCCGUUCGAUCCUCGAAUCGGAAUCGCUUUUCUCAUAUCGAUCCGAACGACUCGAGCGUUUCCGACGUGUCGAAAAAAAAAUAAAUACGACCACGUUUUCUGAGAAAAUUGCAGGUGCGGUGCGUCGAAAUCGGUCGACGCGUAAAUUAAUCGAAAGUACUGACAAGAACCUUGCGAGAACCUUUGGACCGUUGAAAAUCCGCAGGAUAUAUUUUUCGAACCUCGAUCGAAGGCCCAGGCUCGACUCGUUCGGAGGAAUUCCGGAGAAGCUUUCGCGUCUGUAAAAGUUUAGACGGAGACUUCUUUGACGGACCGUCGAUUUUAACCGCGAACGUGUACAUAAGUAGAGAGAAGCCGAAGUCGGUGUGACGGACAACUGCAUUCGUUUUUUAUAAGCGGACCGUUCCGACCCGGUCGCCGACGUCCGUGCAAUCAGGAAACGGGUCUGCCGCGUUGCGCUCGGUGCAGGAAGAACUGGGAAAAGAAUGAAACACGAUGUUCCCCGGGAGAUCGUAGGGUGGUUCCGCCGAAUGGACAACGCGGCGACGUUUCUUUUCGCUUUCAUCCCUCCCGGCGUCACGAUCGAUCCUCCUUCCAUCGAUUGAUUUCACCCAUCUCGAUAUACACAUAGAGUUCGUUCCACUCGGGGAGCCAACGGAAGUACACCGGAGUUAGCCUAAUCGGAGAGACUGCAUCGCGGAACCGCAACGCGUAUGUGUUUCCCUUUCGACGAAGAUAAAAAAAAAACAGUUUUAAAGUCAUAGUACAAUACGAUAGGUAAAAUGACAAUGCAGAGUUUCGAGUGCAGCGCGUGUCUCGUUACUGACCCCGUGAUUUACCGUAGUUGCGUAGGGCGUUUCGCGAACCGAUUCGUUUAUAUACCUUCUCUAUAUAUCUAACUAUCUAUCUAUCGCUCAUCUCUCUCUCCUCUCUCUCUCUUUCUCUCUCUCUCUCUCUCUCUCUAUCUCUUUUCUCUGUCUCCCUCUCUCGACGCUGCUCGAGACACUCGACUCACAGCAAUCGACUACUUGCGAAGCUGUCGUUACUCUUGGGCAAAGCAGCGCAGAUGAAUCUCGAGAGCUGUUUUUCGUUGCUCGUUUCCUAGCUAAUUAGGGCUCGUUCGGCGCUCGUUUCUGUAUUCGAGACGUUGCUUCAUCGAUCCACGCUCGAUUCGGUUCGAUCCUCGAUAGUUUAGUACUCCAUUGUGACCCGUUUGCUACACGUUCCGCAUUCAUUUAUUCUCCGGCUUCGCUGUCUCCCUUACCGACGCUCAGAUUGUCCACAGAAAUGGACAAUUUGGGAGGAGACACGAUUGUUCGAACCU